UGUUCAGCUGUUACUGAAAGCCUUUCAGUCCAAAAUUGCAAUGGCGAGGUAAACGUCGACGUAUCACAUCCAGCUGUCACAAAAAAGACAAAGGGAAAGAAGAAAACGUACUUUGCUAUAAUUUACAUUUUGUGCUCACGAAUUUUAACUGUCAACUAAGAGCCGCGGAUAUAGACUAUGGAAGAUAACUCAAAGGGAAACUGUAACUCUUCACCAGGAGCGCCUCUUCCCCUCUCUGUCCUGCGCCUCCUGGUCACUCCACUUCAGCUGGUCUCAGCAGCAGUGUGGCAGACUGUACAGCAGAAGGUUGUCGCUGACUAUGGGAUGCUUGAGGAGUUUGUUUCUAUGGUCACAGACAUUGUUCCAGAGCUACUCACCAGCCGACAGAGAGUCCAACUCAUCCUGGGCCUCAAAGCACGGUAGUGCCAUUUGGUUUCAGCUGAUCCUGGAGUUGUGUCAUCCUGAAGCUCCUGCUGAUGCUGAGACUGUUCAGCCCCACCUGGACAGGAUGCAAAUGUUUAUUGAGGCAUGGCUAAAGGAGGCUGGUGGUUUAAAUGUAGACCUGUCACAUGCAAACUUUGUGGAUCUUGUCAAGAACUUGCUAAAAAAUCCUGACAAGAGAGAACACUUUUUUCAGAACGUUUUCCCUGAAGAGUUCGGCCCAACAUAUGAUAAAGCACUACACACCCUGAUGUGGCUGUUUUUGUCCAGACUUGAAAUGUUCCUUCCUCAUCAGACUGUCCAACAGGUUGCAUCCAUGCUUGGUGAGGUGUCCAGUGUUCUAGAAGACUGUAUGCAGCCUGUGUUUCAGCAUGAGGAACUCAAAACUCUGCUGCACUAUCAAAAAGACCUCAGUAAACUGGAUUACAGCGAUAAUUCCUUGGUGGAUGGUACCUGCAUAAUUUCAGCUCUUAAGCUUCCAUUUGGGGACACCAGUGAGACACUUGAAGCUCAAACACAAGACAACAUCCUGGAUAAUGUACUGCUAUGUACGUCAGAUUUGGAGAAGGGAUCUUUAACAAUGCCACAUACUGCACAGAUAAAAACUCACAACACAAAAACUAUAGAUCCCCAGACAAGUGAGUCCAGGAACAACGAAACUAAUUGGACAUCUAGUAAAAAUGGGACACAUUUGCUUUUAGGAGAUGCAGCAAGACAUAAAGAAAAUGUAGACCUUCAAAGUCAAGCAGAGGAUGCUUCUCACCCUCUGAAGGAGUGUCACGUUCGAAUAAAAAGACUUGAUGUGCCGGUGUCUUCACAUUGUCGACCUGUGAGACCAAAUAGAGGCCUGAGAAUGAAAAGGUUUCUGUUGGAGGAGAAAAGAGGACUUUGUGAAGAAGCUCUUCCUGCCUACAAAUCUGCUUCAAGGAAAACAAAAACAUCUAACAGGCCACUUCCAGCGGUCUCAGACAACAUGGAUUCAAGCAACUCCAAGAAAGACUCCUUGUCUGCUGCUCCCAUCAGUACCUGCAGUGAAGAAGAUUCCUGGUCUUAUUAUUCAGAUGAGGGCUCUUGCCAUAAGACUACUAGCUGUAGUUCCAGUGUGGCUGAUUCGUGGUCUCAAUACUCAGAUGAUGAGUCUUCAUUUGUGACUCCUGUCAGUAAUUCUGCUGAAAAUGAUUCAUCAUCUAGUUGCUCAAAUGAGGACUCUUUCCUCAUAGUUCCUAAGAAUGUAUCGGCUAUUAGCAGAAACAAAAGCAUCGCUGACAUCAAAACUAACACUCCAAAAAAGAUUUGUAAGGUCCAAUGUUUUAUCUGCAAGGAGCAUGUGAGCACAAGCCUGAAAACUCACAUGAAAAUCCACUUUCCCACUGGUGAUUAUGCCUGCCCGCGAUGCGAUAGCAGAUUUAAACUCUUAACAUCUCUUAAGAACCACUUGAAGAAGACAUGCUAUGAGUAUGGUCAGCAUCAAAUAGAUCCAGAUAAGCCGGUCGAAGCCCAGAAUCUUUACCAAUGUGACAAAUGCGAAGAGGCAUUUAGAUACAAAGUUUCACUGCAAAGGCACAUGCUAACCCACAACGAACUCUACUGCAGUGUGUGUAGGAAGGUGCUACGAGAUGUAGCAACACUAGCCAGGCACAAGGCUUCACACACACUGUUUCAGUGCAACCGCUGUGACGAGUCCUUCACUCUUUUUAAGCCCCUGCUCAGGCAUUGUGAAAACAUCCAUAAAAUAAGUAGACCAUUUAAAUGUAACCAUUGUCCAAAAACCUUACCCAGGCUGCGCUUUUUAAUCAUACAUGAAUGGCACCACACGGGUCAUCUGCCGUUCCAGUGUGCUCAGUGCAGCUUGAGGUUCAAAUCGGAUGCAGAUCUCAUUUAUCAUGAAAGAGUCCACACCAGAGAGAAGCCCUACCUGUGUACAGAGUGCGGCAAGACUUUCUCUCACAAGUCCAAUCUUUUGAGGCAUUUGAAUCUCAUCCACAGCGAGUCUCGGACUGAGAAGAAGCAUUCCUGCUCUCAGUGUGAGAAGUCCUUCAAAGAGAAAGGGGCCUUGAAAAAACACCAGAGGAGCAAACACUUAAAUGAAAUGUUCCGUAAUCCGUGUCCGUACUGUGGAAAGAUGCUCUCGGCGUCAACAAUGACCAGACAUAAAUUAAUCCACACGGGAGAGAGACCUUUCAAAUGCACUGUGCCUGAAUGUGAAAAGUACUACAGAUCAACCACUGAAGUAAAGAGGCAUGUCCUUAUGCACCAUACUACAGAGAGGCCUUAUAAAUGUGAGGUAUGCAGAAAGGGCUUCGUAAAAAUGUGUUAUCUCAAUGCACAUGCUAAAACACACUCAGGAGAGAAGCCAUUUGUUUGCCAUAUCUGUGGCAAGGCAUUCCCCAAAGUCUACAGCAUGCUGAGACACAAAAAGCUCCUCCAUACAUUUAUUACACAAUAACUCUGCAGAGAAGGAAUGCUUAGUAAUGAAACGUAAAUCAUUUUUUAGCCUGCAAAAGUCUUAAGCCAAGUUUGUGCAUAGAACAUUUAAACUAACUCUUGAUUAAAUUCAUGGUGUUUCUCUGGACACAAUACUGAUCAAUGCUGGACCACUGGUUGUCAUCAUCACAUGCGUGUAAAGCUGUAUGUCAAGAGCACUCCACCAGUUUAGCUUUGUGCUACUAAAACACAGACAGUUUCAAGGUAGUCAGAAUUGAUGCAGCAGAUCCAGAGAUGCCAUUUUUCUUCUUGCCUUGCUUUGUUCUUUAUUAAAACUGUCACCUACAUUACUCACAGUAGAACGUGAUGACUGACAGUUCUACAGAUCCAGGUGUCUUUUGCCAGUGUUCUUUUUAGACUCUGCCUUCUGUAUGGUUUUUAUUAUGGCUCCAGGCCUGUGACAGCUAUUCCCAGAGGAAUUAUGCUUUCAGAUUGAUGUCAGAAUUGGGGUACCUUGUGAUUUAGAAGUUGCUACCACAUGAUUAUUGGUAGUGUCCUUGAGUGCUCAGCCAGAUCCAUGCCUUGGUUGUCAUGUUUGGUUUUAGAAGAACAAGAUGAGGAUGGACAAAUUGCAAACUCAAGACUUCAAAACAGUAGUCGACAAAUUAGUGGCAUACUUUUAUACAUAAUCUGUGGUUGAAACCCUAUAAAAACAUUUUUUUUUACAAAGUAAGAGUGCAUCUAUUCUGUCAAGAGACAGAUAAGUGAAAAAGACUGCUGAAAUGUUUUCUGGGUAGAUACAGCAUAACACACUCCACCUGCCAGCACUCAAUUCCACUGUCAAUAACAUAGGCAAGCAGAUAGAAUACAUGAAUAACUGAAAUGGAAAAAAGAGAUAUUUGUGGUUCUUCUGCAGCAAUUUUGAUUAUUUUAAACUGUUGUGUAAAAUGUGUUGUGUAAUCUGCUGUGUCAAAAAUCUGCAAUCUGCAAAAAUCUCCUUGCUGCAACUGAGAAGCUGUGAUUGACCCAGCUGUGACCACCCGCCAUGUGACAAAAAUCCUGAAUUUUCAGCUGAGCUGCAGGGUGUGUUUACAGGGAGCAGAUGAAAAAAUAAAUGUGGAAACAAAUUAAAACUGUAAUUGGUAAAUCAAA